CACGUUUCUACAGCCUGAAUAAUGAAGUAGUUCUACACCCCGCGGCCACGUAAAAACUCCUUCCACUGAGACCGACCGCAACAGUACCAAGAAAAUGGACCACGUGAACGCAUCGGUGGCGCACAUUGCGUCCAUCCUCCGCGAGGGCGACCGCCAGAUGGAUAAUUUUAGCAACCGGGAAAACCACCGCGACUCUGUCAUGCACAACCGCACGAUACAACAGGGCGGGUUUCAGCUAGUACCAUCUGGUGUGGGCGGUUCUACUGCUGUCACGGGCGGCACCUCGAUUUACCCGACCUAUUCCGAGGCGGUGCAGCAGGCGACGUUGCAGAAGCAGAUCGAUUUGGUAAAUCAACGAUCGAUCUCCAUGAUCGCGAGUCUGCAGAAGCAGGUGGAACUCGAUAGACGGGAGAUCGAGCGGGCGGUUGGGUUAUUGGAGGGGAAAUUGGAGCAGAAAAUCCUGCAGAUAGUGUCCAACGGAGGAGGAGGAGGAGGGGGUAGUGCAACAGGAAACAAUGUGUCCGGAUUUAGUAGCCAUCAUGCGGGCGGGACUCUAUACAAGAAAAAAACUGUGUUAGUGUAAGUUUCCUUGGCUGACAGCAUCACAAAUUCGCUCUACAUGACAGCGAAAACCUGUCAUGCGUGGUUUGUAAGGGAAAACACACAUGAAGAGAGGACUUCAUGGUUGUUUGGCAUGACAGGCGUAACUCUGUUGCAUGUUCUGCAUUACAAAGUUACACUUACACAGUUUUUUUUCUGCAUAGACUCCGAGCAUGACACAAUCCGAGCACAACGUGAUCCAGCAGCUGCAGAAGAAAGUGAGGGAGUUAUUACGAUGAAAAAUGCCCCCACCCCGGAAUUUGCAGAAGUUUGUCAUGCAUAAGGUUUUCAAAUGAAGAGCUUUUUAUCUAUGCAUGAAAGGAUUAUGCGAGCGCUUCUGAUGCAGAAGCUGGGUGCGCAAGGUGCCUUGUGCAUAACAGAUCCGGCUGCUGUUGGGCUACUUCGCAACACAGAUUUGACCUAUUCAGCAUGGAAAAUCUGUGAUGCUGAUGCAUGCAAGACGGGGAAUGUUUCUGUUGGAAAGGUUUGCAAUACAAAUGCUGCCAAGCUGGGGGUGGGGGCAUUUUUCAUUGUAAUAGGAGUUAGACGAAAAAUUGUGGGAACAACAGAUCGCUGGAAACAACCUGAACGCCGGAAGUUCCGCCUCAAAUAUGAACGAGAAAGUCCUCGAUUUCUGCAAAACGCUCGUGGCCCAGGAAACCGCGAACUUAGAGCAAAAGCAGAAAUUAGAGAAGAUGGAUUUGUCCUCCGAGUGGAAGCGGAAUUUUUUACAGCAGAACAACAAGGUGUUACAAAUGGAGAAAUUAUUCGAAGAGAAAUUUGCGAACAUUUCACUAAAGCAGGAGCAAAUUACCGCGACGGUUUCAUCGCAACAGCAGCAGCAGCAACAACAGCAGCAACUACCCCUCGACGCCGAUCAAGUGUCGAAAUUAAUUCAGCUGGAAGUGGAAAAGCAGUUCCAAACGUACGAGAAGAAGUAUCGUAAGGAAAAAUCUCCCCUCCCCAUAUUGAACACGCAUGCGCCUGAAAAUUUGUGAUGCAGAUUUGUGACCACAAAUCCUGUUUGUCUUGCAAGAAGGCAAAUCUAGAGAGUCCGCUGCACUAUGUAGGCGGUUUGUAAUGCUGUUGGGCCUACAGCAUGGGCGUUUGGCAUGCUAGGCACCUACGUCAAAACCUCUCGCCUCAGGCUUGGCAUAUGCCUGCAGUCCUCUGCUGCAAGGCAAGCGCGAUUUGUGUAUCCGGAUCCAGCAUCAGAAAUUUCGUUUUGAUACGGGGAGGGGGGAUUUUUCCUUUUGAUAAGAAGAUGCGGGAAUUGGAAAUUGCGGCAUUAGACAUCCUAUGCAUUGCAAAUAUAUCGUACUCGUAUAAAUGCAUUACAAAUUUUGCCAGCAUGAGAAAUAAAAUUUGUCAUGCGGAUUUACAUUAAGAAGAAAAUUUGUAAUGCAUGACUGCAAUUACUACGAGUGCGAUACUUUUGCACAGGAUACAUCCAGAAGAAACUCGCGAAUCAAGAGGCGGAAAUGCAGGAGAAAAUGAAUAGUAAAUUUUCCAUGAGCAACAAGUUGAAAUCCUUGGAAGAUUGGCAUUUGACCGACAAAAUGAUGAACGAUGAAAAUUCCUGCGGGCCGCAGCUCGCGUCGCCGGUAACAACGAAAACUGGUGGGGUUCCGAGUGAAGCGAACGGGAGUAAUAACAGCUGGCGAUUGGAAGCGGUGGAAGCGGAGUUGCAGACUUUAUCGAACCGCAUUGAGGGGUUCGCGAAAAUGCCACAGAAGGUGGAGGAUGUGCAGGUCUUGGUCGGGAAUGUGGAGAAAAAAUUGAGGCAGGAAGUCUCGCAUCAAGGGGAGGUACAGUCGUUUUUUGCUUUUUGUCAUGCAUGCAUAGUCCUUUAUGGUAGUCAAGUUUUGUCAUGCACAAAUCACGAUGCAAUUCCAAGUCCAUAAAUUCUCACUCCAGACCCUGCAAAAGCAAUUUGCGCUGAUGGAAGCGGAAAUGGAUGUCACCACGAAGCAAGAAGACGAGGUUUCGAAAUUAUCCGCGAAACUGUGGGACUUAACCGACACGGUGAAAGAAUUGAACGAAGACUUGGAAAAACUCGGGACGGAAACGGAGCAAGCGACGCUUGCGCGGAUUGACAGGGUGGUGAGUGAGAAGUUGAAAACCGCAAUCAAAACCGCGGUGAGUGAUUUGGAGGAAAACGUUUUCUCGCAAAUCAACACGGUGAAAAAAGAAAUCGACGCGGAUAGGACAGCAAAAGCGGAGGCAGUUGCGGUGCAGAACGCAAGUAAAACCGCACUAGCACAACAAGCUGACCAAGAGCAGGAAAUGAAGAAGUUUUCAGAAGUUCAAACCGAAGUCGCCUCCCUGAAAGAGCAGUUCCAAAAAAACCUGAACGAAUUGGGUUUAACCGUGAAGCAGUGGGCGGAAGCGCAGGAAAAGGAAAAGCAGAAUUCGAGCAAAAUCUCACCGCAGCUGUACACGAAAUUGGCGAUCUUACCGGAUAAAAUGGACGUGUUGGAGGCUUUAGUGAAGGAAGCAAAGUUGAAGGCGGAGAAGGGGACGACCCUUGCGUUGGAGAUGGACAAAAUCAAAGCGGAUAUUAUGGAGGUCCAGGACAAUGCCGAUGCUGUCAAAAAGGAAAUUUCUUCUUUAAAGCAAGAAACCGACCAGUUCGGCGAGGCGGUCGACGCGAAGUUUACGGAGAUAGAAACGACUAUGGAAGCGUCAGGUUUGAAAUCGACAAAAUCGAAAAAUUUGUGAUGCGUAAAAUGUAGGGCACGUAAGGCCUGUAGUGGGGAACAGGCAAACGAUGCCGAUUGUAAGCGUGUUUAUGGGUAUACAAUGUGCUGCCAGAGUAGCACGACAGGAGCAGCCUUCUUUGCCCAAAAAGCAUGACAGACUGAAUUUGGGUGCUCCCGAAAUUUGUCAUGCGCCACGUACAAGCUGAGGCUCCAACUGGUAUCGAUUUUUUACAUCACAAGUUUUUCGAUUUUCUCAAUUUCGAUUCUGACACUUCCAUAACGACGGUCAUCGAGGGGUGUACCGCGAAAAUCGCAGAGGCGGUGUAUCGAAAAGAAAAAUCCCCCCUCCCCAUGUCAAAACCGAAAUCUGUGAUGCAUAUUUGUGGACACAGAUCAGCUUUGUCAUGCUAGAAGGGAACAAAAGGUUGCGGACUGUAGUGCAGGGCGGUGUGGGAAUUCUUCGCACUUUCAGCAUGACAGGAGGCAGCUGGAAGUAUGGAACAGCAUGACAAAUUACCUGCAAAACAGGCCACAGCUGCGGCUCUUGGCCUUCUAGCAAUACGAAUCGAUUUGUGUACUCAAAUACAGCAUCACAAAUUUCGUUUUCGAUAUGGGGAGGGGGGAUUCUUCCUUUUGAUACGGUGGUACAGUUCAAUCAAGUGAAACAAGCUGCAACAGAAAUAAACACCGUGACGGAGGAAAAGCUACAGGAGGAACUCCAGGCGUUGGAAAAUCUUUUAGAAGCGGAAUCUACAGCUAUCAAAUGCAAAUUUAUCUGGGUCUAGAAACUUGUGAUGCUGGAUCGUAAUGACUGAGCAUCCUCUCGAGUGCAGCGGCCUACCAUGACAAAUUUUUCAGACGCUUUCUCCUUUUUCGCAAUGCGCAUUACAAACUGCGUUUUUGUACGAACAAAGAUGUCGCGCUCCUUUUGUCAGUCAUGCAGGACAGAUUCUACAGGGAAGAUGCAAGCGAAGCAAUACAGGUUCAAGUUUUCCAGACAAGACGUUAUUUGCAAUGCAUAACAGCUCGAAUGGAGCAAUUGUCCACCGAAAUCGCCCGUUUAACCGGUCUAUGCAUUGCAAUCGUGUCUGGGUCGGGAAGGAUGUAACUUGUGAUGCUGCAUUUGGAUACUACGAAAAUCUGUAUUGCAUUUAUAGCAUCAAAUAGGUCUAGUUUUCGCCACGGCGACGGCGAGAGGGCCUUUCUCAUGCGGUAUAGGCAUCAGGGAGACCUCACAAAAUCUGUGAUGCUAGGGCAUGCAUCACAGACGUCAGGAGUCAUGCGAAAUGUGCAUGACAAAAAAUCUUGCAUCCUUCCAGACCCAGGCACAUUUGCAUUUGAUACGCUCGCUCCGAAUCCGCCGCGGAGCAGGCCGAGAAAGCGGAGCAAGUGUCGCAGAAGGCGAACGACAUAUAACCCGCUCAGGUGUUACAAUGUCAAACGUUACAAUAGAGUCUGAGAUUUGUCUUGCAUGAUGAGCACGACAGACUCGCAUAGCGUUCCACUUUCUGCAAUACAAAUUUCGCCAGAUUGUAGUGGGGUUUGGCUCUGGAACUUGUCAUGCGCAAUCCUAUGAGGGUUGGCUAGAUCAUGCGCUCUUGCGUCACAGAUUUCUAUAUUCUAUUGCAACAUUUGAGAUCGUAACGGCUGAGCGCGUUAUAUGACAGGAGUGUGGAUUUGCGGAUGGACUUGCAGCUCGUGCAGGAAAAAAUCGGGCAGGUAGAAACGAGGGUUAAAAACAGGGAGUUUUUGUUGAACACUGCCGGGGGUGCAGCUUCAUCUCCGCUGAAAUUUGAUACUGAAAGAACUGAAGGGGACGCGGUUCUUCGUGGUAGAAUCGCAACGCUGGAGGACGACGUGGAUACGUUAACCGCGAAUUUGAAAGAAGUAGAAGAGAAGCUUACUACCACGGUGACGCAACAAAGAGCUGCUCCUUCCGCUGGAACAAUUCUGGCAAGUGAAAAGAACAAUACACUCCAAAAAGGAAAUGCUGCCCCGUCCAAAGAAUCCACCACCACAGCGGAGGAGCAUCUGAAAGCCGACGGGGUCAUUUUGCAAGGACCCUUUUCCCCGUUGACAGAGGACAAGGGAGAGGAAGUAGAGCUAGAAGCACUUCUACCGGGUCAGCACGUAGGACAACACGAAGAACUGGGGAUGAUGAACAACAUCAAUUCAUCGGGAAAUAAGUUCAGGUGGCAACUGGAAAGCAAUCAGCAGCUCGUAGGUCUUCCCGGAACAAACAACCAGAAGGUCACGGAUUCGCAAAAAUCCCUUCUUAGCGAGUUCCAGCACACGGAGCGGUUGGACGAUUUGAAAAAAGUCGUCGCAAAGAUCAAGCAGUUAGAGCAGCAACAGGAAAAGAGUCAAAACCUGAACACAAAAUCGACGGAAAUCGAGGAUAUGCGGAAGAUUUGCGAAUCCGCGCAGGAGCAGAUUGAAACGCUGUCGAAGCAAGUGUCGUAUCAACUGCAAAUAUGUCUGUGUCUGGAAACCUGUGAUGCUGAUCGACAAAUCAUGAGGACGCCACAAAUGACCGCUGAGCAUGACAAAUUUCUGAGUUGCUGGGUGUUGUCUAUCCGGCAUGACAAACAACUGCGUUUUUGCAUGUCAGAAAGCUGUGGCUUUUGGGUAACGUGAAUGACAGACUUAAGCGUCAUGCUAGCCAAGCAAGACAAACUUGCAGUCUUCCAGACCCAGACAUGUUUGCAUUGGAUAUGUCCGAUCUGGUGAAGCACAUGGAGUUAAAGCAGAGUAGCGGGAUAUCGUAUUCAAAAACGUCCCCACCCCAGAGUUGUAAUGCAAAUCUGCAUGCUGAAAAUGUUUCUCAUGCGGAGCCCCAUGAGAAGCAUUGUCUAGUCGUGUUCUGGAAUUUGUCAUGCUCCAAUCAGCAUGAUAUACUAGAUCUGUGAUGCUGCUGAACUACCUCAAACAGCACUACACUACGAGUCCAAAUUUGUCAUGCAAAACAGCCAAAACUUGUGGAUUUGUCUAGCCGGCUCUUCAUCUUGACUAUGGGGUGGGGACGUUCUUACAUAGGAUACGGGAGCAAUAAUUUGAGCUCAUCUACUUCCGGGGCGGCUGUUGCGGGCAUGGCGAAAUUCGACGUAGUACAUAGCAGUACGAGCGUCUUGAGCAACCAGAUGCAGAUGCUGAAUGAGUCGUCUAACUUCCUGAACUACAGCAAUACCAGCCAGCACCAGACUUGUUCAGUCGUCUCCCCAGUUGCGGGGGAGGUGUUGCAGGAGGCGCACCUGCACGGGUACAAUCCCACGAAGAAGUUAUCGCCGAUGGGGGACACAGUUGUUGUGCCCGGAGGUGGUCGUGGGGGCAAUGGCAAUGCAUUUCCGCACCAGAACGUGAAUGCGUUUUCUACCUCUUUCGACCAGGAAAAACUUCCAUCUAUCAAAUGCAAAAAUGUCUGGGUCUGGAACAAAGCAACUUGUGAUGCUGUCUUUGGAAGGUAAAAAAAAUCUGUAUUGCAUGACCAGCAAAAGGAGUUUAGUUUGUGCUACGCGGAGUGGGCGUUUCUCAUGCGGAAUACGCAUCAGAAGGCCCUUUCGAAAUCUGUGAUGCUAGGUCGUGCAUUACAGGCAUCAUGGGUUAUGCAGCCUGUGCAUGACAAACCUGGCAAUCUUCCAGACCCAGACAUUUUUGCAUUUCAUACCAUCGGUUGCGGAGCAAUUUUUGUCCAACACGAGCAAGGAAAGCAACAGCGGUAUCCUGAGUAAAAACGUCCCCACCCGCCCAGAGUUGUCAUGCAGAAUUGCAAUGACAGGCACACUUGUAAUGCGCAUCCCCAAGAGAGGUAUUACAUUUACAAUCGUGUUUUGGCAUUUGCAAUGCUGCAAACAGGAUAAGGGGACGGCUUUCUCAUGCGGCUGCCUUUGUCAUAACCAGCACUACAAUACAGCGAGAAACUUGUCAUGCGUGAUUUCCAAGACUUUUCAAUUUGUGUUGCGGAGAUUCCAACUUGACUCUGGGCGUGUGGGGACGUUUUUACUGAGGAUAAGCGGCUUUAAUCAAAACCAGCAGACAGCACAUCAAAACUACAAGUUCCGCCACGGGCCGAGGGAAUCCAGUCCACCAUUGAAAGCGAAAACGUCCUAUGGAUUGCAAAUAUGGCUGGGUCUGGAAGAAGACAAACUUGUGAUGCGCAUUUCAGAACACAGAAAAAUCUGUCAUGCAUAGGUAGCAAAAGCUGCCCACUUUCUGUCACAAAAAUGGGGCGACAUUUGUCAUGCGGAUUCGGCAUUGCGGAAGCUUCUCGAAACUUGUGAUGCUAGAGCUUCCACGCCAGACCUUCUGCGUCAUGCAAAAACAGCAUGAGUCUCCUGCCAGACCCAGACACUUUUGCAUUUGAUACGUCCUCUCCGUUAACUAUCUCCGGCAAAAUGGGAGCCGCAGCGGGGAUAUCAAAUGCAAAAGUCCCUGGACGUCUGGAAGGAUGCAAGGUUUGCCAUGCACAUUUUGCAUGACUCCUGAUGUCUGUGAUGCAUGCCAUAGCAUCUCAGAUUUUGAGAGGGCUUCCUGAUGCCUAUACCGCAUGAGAAAUGCCCUCUCGGCGUGGCAAAAAAUGGACCUCUUUUGCUGUUGAUGCAAUACAGAUUUUUGUAGUAUCCGAAUGCAGCAUCACAAGUUGCAUCCUUCCAAUUUGCACUGCAUCCGGCACCAUGUCGUUUUCGAACGAGGGACCCUUGUUGGGAACCGCUAUGAAAUGUAAAAAUCCCUGGAUGUCUGGAAGAAUGCAACUUGUCAUGCUAAAUCUGAAGCAUGCAAAAAUCUGUGUUGCAUGACUACCAAAAGUCGUCCAGUCUUGACCAAGUCGGGAGGGAGUUUCUCAUCGACAGGAUAGGCAUGAGAGAGAUCGCACAGAACCUGUCAUGCUAGGUGUCUGUGCAUUCCAGACCUCAUGGGUCAUGGAAAAGCUGCAUGACAAGUCGCGCAUUCUUCCAGACCCAGGCAUUUUUGCAGUUGAUACCCGCAGCUGGUGGACAACAAGGGGGCUCUUACACGACUCGAGGAGCUGCAGCCGCAGCGGUUUCCUCUUCUUUCCCCCGUGCGCAGCCGCAGGAGUUGGGAGAAAAUCGGUUUUUAUCCAGGGAGGAGGCGGACACGUUCAAGGAUAAUUUCUCGACCGUGUCUGUCUCCGAAGUAUCUGGGGUGAACAGUGUGAAGGCGUCUCCAAAUAAUCCAGAGCACGAUGACUCGGAAAACAAUUCGGUAAAAUUGCGGAUGCGCCGGGGCUGUCUUGCGGAUCCAGGAGAGGAGAAAAUGAACGCCGAUGUUCCGCAUAGUGCCUCUGCCGGAACAAUAAACGGCGGUGGUGCAGCGGCUAUCAUCGCAAACGAUUUUGACGACGAUGAUCUUGUGGAGGACGUUUUUCUUGGUGAGGACAGUGUAGUGAGCAUGACGAUGAACAACAAAGGAGGUAGCAGCGGUGCCAGCAAACCGGAUCCUUCGUACACGAAAGAGGACAACAGCACUAGCAAAAGCAGUACUAAUUCAUCUUCCAACUCCAAGUUCUUUCUGCCGCACCGCACAACCGGCGAGAACAAUAGUAAGAAGAAAAAAUCUCCAGACCGCUUCAAAAUCAGCAACAGUUUUUCGCCGCAGGACUUAGGGUUUAGCGAAGAUGAUGAAAAAGAGGAUGGGAAUAAAGUGGAUGAAGCCGAUGAUUUGAACCUGUUUCCACCGCAUGCCCGACGAGGACAGCACCAUGAUUCUCUAUCAAAUGUAAAAGUGUCUGGGUCUGGCAGAAUGCAAGUUUGUCAUGCUUUUCUGGCAUGACUCGAGAAUCUGUGUUGCAUAGGCGCGAAAAGGUCCUCUUGCCUGUCAUGCAAGCACGCAGUUUGCCAUGCGGAAUACGUAAGACAUGGCAGCAAAAAAAUUUGUCAUGCAUAGCUGCGUGCUGCAGUGCGUCUAUCAUUCACUUUUAGCAUUGCAAGUUUCCAGAAGCAGACAUAUUUGCAAUUCAUAUUCCCCGGAAAUGGACAACGACGAGAUGGAAUUGAACGAUAGUCUAGAAGUAUCAAUUGCAAAAAUGUCUGGGUCUGGAAGAUUGCAACUUGUCGUGCUAAAUCCGAAUCAUGCAAAAAUCUGUGUUGCAUGAUUACCAAAAGAGGGCCACUUUUGAACAAGUUUAGAGGCAGUUUCUCAUGCAGAAUAGGCAUGAAAGAGACCUCACAGACUCUGUCAUGCUAGGUCCCGCAUUCCAGACCUCAAGGGUCAUGGAAAACCUGCAUGACAAGUUCACACUCUUCCAGACCCAGACAUUUUUGCAUUUGAUAAGAAGAGCAGUUGGGGAAAAUAGAUUUCAAAGAAGUAGAUCCUGCGGUCGGAGGAGAAAAGGAUCAAGCCUUUGGAGGUGCAGCAGAGGAAGAAGAUAAAGUCCCAGACCACGUGGAGUUCUUCGCCGAUUCUCCCAAUCGCGUAAUUAUCUCCUCGCAGAACCGGAUGCAGGGUACAGCUGGCGCGGUAACAGCUACUUCGCAUGAUGUUGAUUACAAAACUGCCAACAAUCAUGACAAAUCCGAAGUGAUGAAUCCCCUGAUUGCGAGUUCUUUGCAAAUGAGCAGAGCCGGAAUGUCGUCCGGUACGAACGAGUUUUUUGACGACGAUGAUGAUCCGGUUGUGAUGGAAGAUGUUAAAAUAAAACCGCAUGAGAAAGAACAAGACCUCGAUGUCGAUCCGGUAAAAAUUUCCGCGGUAGAAGAAGAUGAAACCAGUCUCCGGGACUCUGUCGCGCGAGUCCAUUUGGAUGACGACGUGCAACUAGCGGACUUUGACGCGGUGGACGAAUUUUCCAGCUCCGCUAGUUCUUCUUCCGCGGUCGGGAUAGUUGGCGCGAUGAAGAAUGCAGGUGGUACUACUGCAGUGGGUUCUUGUAGUACUUCUAAGCCUGUUGAGAAGAUGAAGAAUGCCGACGAGAAAGACGACGAGGCGGUGAAAAUCAUGAAGUCUCAAGAUGAAACGAGUUCUUUCACGAAGUCUUUUGGGAAAAAUAAAGUCGAAAACCCCGCGGCGGACAAGUUGCUCACGUCGCUAUCAACUGCAAAUAUGUCUGGGUCUGGAAACGACCUGUGAUGCAUGUCAGUGAAUAGAAGCCACGCUGUAAUGCACCGCCAUGCAUGACAGAUUUUUCCGUGGCUCCAUGUUGCAUAUUCCGCAUGACAAACAGGGUUCUUGCAUGAUAGACAAGAGGAGCUCUUGCUGGCCACGCAAUACACAGCUCAGUGUCAACAUGCCAGACUAGCAUGACAAAUCUCGCACUCUUCCAGACCCAGACAUAUUUGCCAUGCAUAUUCGCUGAGAAGUAACAAAAGCGAGAAGAUCCUGAAUGACGUGCUGGAAUCGUUGAACAGAUUCGACGAGGACAUGCUGGAUGAUAUCCUUUGUAAAAACAUCCCCACCUCCCCGGAGUUGUCAUGCAGUUCUGCAUGCCAAAAAAGUUUUUCAUGCGGAGCCCUAUGAGAAGCAUUUUCUAGUUGUGUUUGGGAAUUUGUAAUGGUAGGACUAGCAUGCUAUGCUAGAUCUGUGAUGCUGCGUGCUGACCUACCUAAAACAGGACUACGCUACAAGGAUCGAAACUUGUCAUGCCAAACAACCAAAGCGGGUUGAUUUGUCUAGCAGGUUUCCCGUCUUGACUCUGGUGUGGGCGGGACGUGUUUAAUCAGGAUAGAUGAGAACAGCCUGUCAAAGUCCAUGGAUUUGAAUGAUUUCAUAUCCAAGUCGUCCUCCAAUGCGGAGAAGGAAAAAAGCAACAGUAGCGCCACGAGCAGUAGAAAGCCCUCGCCGACAGGGUCGGGUACUAGUCGUUAUCAAAUGCAAAAAUGUCUGGGUCUGGAAGAAUGCAAGUUUGUCAUGCUUGUCUGGCAUGAGUCGAGAAUCUGUGUUGCGUAGGCAUGAAAGAGCCCUCUUAACUGUCAUGCGAAAAGGCAGUUUGCCAUGCGGAAUACGUAAGACAUGGCAGCCACAAAAUUUUUCAUGCGUAGCUGCGUAUUGCGGCGCGUCUAUCAUUCACUUUUAGCAUUACAAGUUUCCAGACCCAGACAUUUUUGCAUUUCAUAGUAGUGGGGAACAAACAAAGACUUUCGUCGCGGAAUUUGAUUUAUCCUGUGCAAAAGUAUCGUACUCGUAGUAAUUGCAUUUAUGCAUUACAAAUCUCUUUCUCAAGGCAAAACAGCAUUACAAAUUUAAUUUGCAAUGCUGGGCUAAUUUGUAAUGCAUUUAUACGAGUACGAUACUUUUGCAAUCCAUAUGAUUUGCUUGAGAAAGAGAGUAAAAAGCAGGAAGCGUCGAACGGGAUGAAAGAAACGGCUCCUGGUGGAGCUGAAACCACGUCGACCGAACCAACUGGCAACAGCAAGCUGGUCACCGUGAAUGUGAGCAACGUUCCUGUUUCCACUAUGCACUGCAAAAGUAUCGUACUAGUAGAAAUCGCAAUACAAAUCUCGUCCUCAGCAUGAGAAAUGGAAUUUGUAAUGCUGAUUGACCUUAGGAAAAAGAUUUGUAAUGCAGAAGUGCAAUUGCUACGAGUACGAUACUUUUGCACAGGAUAUCCACUGCAGCAGAACUAGAUGGAGGUGUCGAGCCGGCAAUGAGUCCGGGAGGGGACUAUGAGGAUGAUUUUGAGGACGAUGAGAUCGAAGAGGAGAUUUUGUCAACGGGAGAUAUGGACGAUGACGACGAAGUUUUGAUUAUCCUAUUUAAAAACGUCCCCACCCCAGAGUUGUCAUGCAAAUCUGCAUGCUGAAAAUGUUUCUCAUGCGGAGCCCCAUGAGAAGCAUUUGCUAGUCGUGUUUUGCAAUUUGUCAUGCUCGAAUCAGCAUGGUAAGCUAGAUCUGUGAUGCUGCUGAGCUAGCUCAAACAGCACUACACUACGAAUCCAAAUUUGUCAUGCAAAACAGCCAAAACUUGUGGAUUUGUCUAGCCGAUUCCCCAUCUUGACUAUGGUGUGGGUACGUUUUUACUCAGGAUAUUGAUGCCGGGGUUGUGA